GUCCAGGCAGAUGGGACAGAUGGAAACUGCGUCACGUUUGUGUUGCACGAUGAGGACCACACACUUGGCAACUCCCUCCGAUACAUGGUCAUGAAGAACCCUGAUGUGGAGUUCUGUGGCUACUGCAUCACACACCCCUCUGAAAGCAAGAUCAACUUCCGAAUCCAGACCAGAGGAACCCUUCCCGCAGUUGAGCCGUUCCGGAAGGGGCUGAACGACCUGAUGGGUGUUUGCCAACACGUGCUCAACACCUUUGAGAGGAGCAUGAAGGAAUACAGGGCCCAGAGGGAGGAAGAGAUGCAGUAG